ACUCAGCUCUGCUUCCGGACGAACGUAAUAUUGUUAGCGCAUUCAAACCUCAAGCUAAAGGCAGUCGCUGUUAUCGUUGCAACCAUCAGUCCUCAUCACGAUCCAUGGCGUCGCUUCUCCACAAGCUCCUCCGAAAAGCCCAACUUCCUUCGCACCAAACCCUAUUUUUGUUGAGCAAAUUGCAGCCUCGCACGUCCCUUCUUCGAACUUCAAUCCUUUCAUCAAACCAUGAUUUCUUCCUUAAUCAAUGUCCCGGUUCCAUGUCCUGUCCUUCAGAAAAUGAUGCAGCUGAAAACGCGCUUAUUCGGUUGUGCCCAUCAUUUCCACCUUUCAUUAGUCUGGAACCGUUUUCCCGAUCUGGGAACUUUCAGUUUGAUGCCGAGCAACAUUACGGCGGCGAAGACGAUGGCCCGACGAUGUGGGCUGAUAGUGUUAAGAAGAAGAGGAAGAGGAAGAUGAACAAGCACAAAUACAGGAAGUUGAGGAAACGCCUGCGCCGCCAGACUUAGGUGAUUCCGGCUUGUUAUAUGGUCAGAAUCUAAGCGGGGAGCUUGCUUUCUUAAUUUUUCUUUAUUUUCUUCUUUCUGUAUCUUUCCUAUUGCAAUCGAGGCUUGAUUUUUUUUGGAUUUAAUUAAACUCUUUGAAGGGCCAAAUUGCGUUUUACAGCAGCUGUUGGUAUUUAGGUUUGGCAUUCAUUGUUUAGCAUGUUUUGUGGGCAUACAUAUCAGCUUAAAAAAAAUUUACUUUUUCUGCUCUGGUCCAUUUCUUAAUGUACUUCUGGCUAUGCACAUAAAUAACUCAAUGAUU